AUUUACUCAUCUAUAAUAUGCUAUAUAAUAUAAUAGUAUAUGUAUAUAUAUACACACGCAUAUAUAAUGUAGGUCUCUCGACUUGUCUACUAUUGUCCUUCGAGUUUCGUUAUGUAAAUAAGUAUUCAAAUUUUUUACGUGUUUUAGUAUAUGGACACUUUUAACAUAUAUUAACUUAUCCAGAAAAUGUACAAUAAUCGUGUCAGCUUCCAAUAAUUUUUGCUAUAUGGAAACAGCAGUUACGCACGUAAAGACCAAUUUUUUCAAUCUAAAACGACAUUACUACAUAACUAACAAAGCUAUAACUAAAACCAGAUAGGAAUAUUGAUGAAUGGCAAAAUAAUAAGAGAAGACACUACUACUAAUCUUAUGGAAAAAUUUAAAACAUCAAGUAUAGAAGAUUUGUUCAUAUCAGCAAUAUUCGCCAACGAUAACCUGCGCAGGAAUAUUGUAAUACAUACAAUUAUUACUAAUUAAAGUACCUAUUUCACAUACACCAUAAUUAACCAUAAAGCUAUAUGUUUAUUUUUAAGCCAGCAAAAAGAACCAGAAGAUUAUCGAUCAUUAAUAAUCGUAUUCCGCACCAAUAUACAUCAUUACUAAGUUCCGCAUUCGCCACAGUAAAUAUUAAAAUAUAUACAUUAAGAGCUCGAUGAAUCCAAAAAACGAGAAAGAGUUCUACAUGCACUAAUACUAAAAAACAUUUGGACUUUGAUCGGAAUUCAUUCCAUAUCGUAUGCUGCAUUUGCGUGCGUAAUUCUGUUUCCUUUGGCCGUGCACUGGACGUUUGAGGGGUACCCGAAAAACAAGGUGCCCUUAAUGGUGCAUAACGAAGAUUUGGGCGACUACAAUAACGAGACGAUCGAACCUAUGAGUAAUAUGUUCAUCAGUCGUUACUUGAAAUUGCAUUUUCCUGUGAUGAGCACAUCAAAAUCAUCAAAUAUAUUAUUUGAUGACACAAAAUUCAAAGAUGAUUUCGAAUGGACGGAGUGCUUUCUGUACUUUGAUAAAAACUAUACGGUGGCUCUGCGACGGCGGAUUGAAAGAAAAAUAAAAAACAAAGUUGAUUUUGAAAAUAGUCAGAUAAUCAUCACAAUGAGCAUAACCGACGGGCGAAAAGCUUGUGUCGUAAAAUAUCAAAUAACGGAACUCUAUAAACAAUUUCUAUCAGACUACGCGCACAACAUGAUGACGGAAUACGUUACGAACAUCAAUGAUGAUUCUAUAAAAUUUUCAGAGAACAUUGAGGUGACGUACAACACUGACAACGAAUAUCCUAUUUACGGACGAUUCGUAAAUUCGGGGUUGAUUGUCAUUUUGGCGUUCUUUUUUCACGGAGCAAUCACCGUUCGGCUACAACAGGUGGCAGGCAAAGACUGUUAUUACGACAGUAGGAAGUCAUAUCUGGCAUGUCUUGCCAUCCAGAUACCGAUCGCUGUUGUCUGGAACGCGUUUAUGGUCGUACACGUGCACUUCCUAUACGAUAUUAUCAGCCCGGAUCUCUACUACGUGUUCUUGAGUUUGUUGCUCGAGAGCGUCUGCGGAAUACACUUAGGAUAUAUCUUAUGUUCAAUUGUACAAAAUCCUUUCAGUGUUACAAUAAUACUGUACUUAAAAUUCACAAUAUGCGUCUACGUCUCAGGACUUUGGUGGCCCACGUGUAAAUUAUUUGGUUGGGAAUAUACGAUAAAUCACUAUUUUCCAAUUUCAGAAGGCAUUUGUUUUGUCAGAUAUUUGAUUGAAAAACAGACUUUUGCCACAAAACCAUUAAUUAUUUUAAUUAUUUGGUCUGUAAUACUUGUGGCAAUCACAAUAGUUAAUUUAGCCAAUAAUAAAAAUGAAAAGAGGUAUAAUAAAUUCAAAAAUCUAUUAUAAAUAUUAAUAUUUAUGGUUUAUUAUUUACAAAUAAUAUUAAUUUUUAUUGACACACAUAACUAAUUUGUGUAAAAAAGAAGAUAUAUAUAAAUGUAAAAAAAAAAA